CUUUGAAGAAAAUCAGCUGUUAUAUCGACAUAAAAUGCGCAGGGUUGACGAAAAUAGUUGAAAAUUUUCGUAUGCUUUCCGUGCCUGCCGAAAAGAAGUGCAUUGUUUUGAUUUUAAUUUAUAUAACCAUAUUGCAGUCUAUUCCAUUAUUUCAACUCAAAUAGCUGAAAAUGCUGACAUCCGCUCUUCGAGCAUUGAUGGGAAAUGCGCGGGGCAGCAUCCGGCAGCUGCACCGGUCAGCGCCGGCGGCCAGCGACCAGCUUUUCGUGCACCGCGACUCGGACGCCAACAACCCCGACACGCCGUUUGAGUUCACAGCCGAUAACCUCAAGCGGGCCGAUGCCAUCAUCUCCAUCUACCCUGAGGGCCACCAGCGGGCGGCCGUGAUCCCCCUGCUGGACCUGGCACAGCGGCAGCACGGCUGGCUGCCCAUCUCAGCCAUGCACGCCGUCGCCAAGAUGCUCGACAUGCCCAACAUGCGGGUGUACGAGGUGGCUACCUUCUACACCAUGUUCAACAGGAACCCGGUGGGCAAGUUCCACGUUCAGCUGUGCGGCACCACCCCGUGCUGGCUCUGUGGCUCCGAUGAUAUCAUGGCCGCUAUCCAGAAGAAGCUCGGUAUCAAGAACGGCGAGACCACCAAGGACGGCAUGUUCACGCUCACUGAAGUCGAGUGUCUGGGCGCCUGUGUGAACGCACCAAUGGUUCAGAUCAACGACCACUACUACGAGGACCUGACUGUGAAGGACAUCGAGGGCAUCCUGGAUGACCUGAAGGCGGGACGGGAGCCGGCUGCCGGGCCCAGGAGCGGCAGAUUCGCGUGUGAGCCGUCCGGCGGUCUCACCUCUCUCACCAAGGAGCCGUACGGACCGGGAUUCGGCGUGCGAUCCGACCUUUGAGGGCCGCCCGCCUCGCCGCCAGUCGCAGUGUCCGCAGAAUGUGUGUAAAUAUUAGUCGCUGAGACGCGAAAAUACAUAAUGGAACGGUG